CUCAAGAAGCAAAUGUUCCUGAAACUGAAAUGUUUGAUCUAGCAAAUGUAAAGAAAGAUCCUGGAAUGCGAAGAGCAAUUGAUGAAUUUAGUACCCCACAGAUUAGAGAUAAAAUGAGAUGGGCAUAUUUGUCGAGAGGUCCGAGUCGUUUGCUUGGUCAUAAUUUUCGCAAAACCAAAUUUGGUCCGGAUUGGCGGUCAUUUCUAGAUGCAUGGUAUACCAAAUACGAUUGGCUAGAGUAUAGUGUGGAGAAGGAUGCUGCAUAUUGUUUUUAUUGUUUUCUUUUCAAAUCUUCAAGUAACAGUUCACAAUUUGGACAUGAUGUUUUCACAAAGUCGGGGUUUAGAAAUUGGAAGAAAGCAUCGGAAAAUUUCAAGUCUCAUGUGGGAGGACCAUCUAGUAUUCACAACAAUGCAAGAAGUAAUUGUGAAGAUUUCAGAAAUAAGAAGCAAAGUGUGGCAUAUGCUAUCACAUCUCAAGAGGAGAAAUCACAUGUUGAUUAUGAAAUUCGUUUGAGGGCUGUUGUCGGUGUUGUACGGUUUCUUAUUGAACAAGGUCUAGCUUUUCGUGGGCAUGAUGAGUCUAGCACUUCUAGGAACAAGGGUAAUUUCCGUGAGUUGUUGGAUUGGUAUGGCGCAAGAUGCAAGGAGGUAGCGGAUGUGAUCAAUGAAAAUGCUCCUGGCAAUUGUCAAUUGACAUCUCAUGAAAUCCAACAAGAUAUAUCACAAGCAUGUGCGGAAGAGACUAUGGAAGUCAUAAUGAGUGAGGUUGAAAAUGCUAGCUUCUCUCUACUUGUUGAUGAGUCUCGUGAUGUAUCGGUUAAAGAGCAAAUGGCCGUGAUGGUGAGGUGAGUGCCUCUUGUAAGAAGAAAUAUGCGUUGUUGCAAAAGCAUCAUGAUCAUAUGGUAUCACUGCUAGA